CUCUGCGCGAGAGGAAGUGUGCCUUUCCUGCCAGGGGAGGGUCCCGGAUUAACUCGUCCGCCUCGCACCGAGCGCUCAGCUGAUAACUGAAGGAUAUACUGGAGGCUCGGCCAGCACACAGUCUGAGGGCUGCUGUGGUUUACUUUGGCAGCAGAGAGCGAGAGGAGGGGAUUGUUUUCUGCCUGGAGGAGGAGAAGGAGGAGGAGGAGGAAAGAAUGCUAACUUCACUAAAGCUGGUGGUUUGUUGCUGUGGGGAGGAAAAGACUGAGUAAUGGAGACAGAGAUCUUGUGUCAGGCUGCGUGAACGGCCUGAGAGAUGUGCAGGGUUUAAUGCAGCAUGUCCAUUGGAGCGAGGCACCCAGAGGCCGAGACAGGAUUCGUUCCGAGCGUUCAAGACUUUGACAAGAAGCUCGCCGAAGCUGACGCCUACCUGCAGAUACUGAUUGACCAGUUAAAGCUGUUUGAUGAGAAGAUCAAGGACUGCAAAGAGGAUGAAUCACGCAGGAAAAUUGAGAAUUUGAAGGAGACUACUUGUAGUAUGGUAGAGUCCAUCAAGCACUGUAUUGUACUGCUGCAGAUCGCCAAGGACCAAAGUAACGAACAGCAACACGCAAACGGACUUAUAAGCACCAUCAACCCAGUGGAUGGGAUCUACCAGCCCCCUCUGGACACUCCUGUAGUCAACACCACAAUGCCAACGCAGACCACACUACCCACAGACGCUUCUCAGGUGUGUAAAUCAGACCAACGACCCUCCACGUUACCUGUUGGUCCCGUCGUCACAGUGAUGGGCAGUUUGCAGACCCCGACUCCCAACAGCACAGGGAGCGGUCCGUCGGGCCCCAGCAGCGGCGUCGCCUCCCCGGCUCACAUCCCCCUCCCCUCGCACUCGGUGCCAGACUUCUCCUAUUCCUCCAGCGAGGACGAGUUCUAUGACGCUGACGAGUUUUACCAGAGCAGCACUUCCCCGAAACACUGCAUAGAUCCCUCAGGGCCUCCUGCUGCAUCGCCGCUCACUAAUGAAGAAACGGCGUUGAAAAGACCCGACACCACCGAGUCGCUCAACUCGUCCAUGUCCAACGGCACCACAGACGCAGGUACAAAAGGAAAAUAUCCGUUCGACAGCCACGAUGACCGCGACGACGAAGGCGAGGGCGAGUCAGUGGAAGAGCACAAGAGCGUCAUCAUGCAUCUGCUCUCUCAAGUGCGUCUGGGCAUGGACCUCACCAAGGUGGUGCUGCCUACCUUCAUCCUAGAGCGGAGGUCUUUGUUAGAAAUGUACGCCGACUUCUUUGCGCAUCCCGACUUGUUCGUAACCAUCGCUGAGCAGCCGGAGGCCCGCGAGCGCAUGGUUCAGGUGGUGAAGUGGUACCUGUCGGCUUUCCAUGCGGGGAGGAAAGGCUCGGUGGCCAAGAAACCUUACAACCCCAUCCUGGGCGAAGUCUUCUACUGCCACUGGGAUCUUCCCAGCGAGGCAGAGGAACCGUCUCCACAUACGGAGACGGUAUCAGAUGGUCCAGUUCCCUGGUCUUCAUCUAACAGUGUGUGUUUUGUGGCAGAGCAGGUCUCUCACCACCCACCCAUUUCUGCAUUCUACGCAGAGUGUUUAAGUAGAAAGAUCCAGUUCAACGCUCACAUCUGGACCAAGUCGAAGUUCCUCGGCAUGUCCAUAGGAGUCCACAACAUCGGCCAAGGCUGCGUAUCGUGUUUGGAGUACGACGAGCAUUACAUUCUCACCUUCCCCAACGGAUACGGCAGGUCGAUUCUGACGGUGCCGUGGGUGGAGCUGGGCGGCGAAUGCAACAUCUCCUGCUCCAAGUCGGGCUACAGCGCCAACAUCGUGUUCCACACCAAACCCUUCUACGGCGGGAAGAAGCACAGGAUCACCGCCGAGAUUUUUGCACCUAACGACAGGAGGUCUUUCUGCUCCAUCGAAGGAGAAUGGAACGGAGUGAUGUACGCCAAGUGGGCGACUGGAGAGAACACGGUGUUCAUAGACACUAAGAGGAUGGGCUGCAUUAAGAAGAAGGUCAGGAAGCUGGAGGACCAGCUGGAGUACGAGUCCCGGAGACUAUGGAGAGAUGUGACUCUGAACCUGAAGCUGAAGGACAUCGAUGCAGCGACAGAAGCCAAACACCGGUUGGAGGAGAAACAAAGAGCCGAAGCCAGAGAGAGGAAGGAGAACGAGCAGCAGUGGGAGACCAGGCUGUUCCACGAGGACGGCGAGUGUUGGGUCUACGACGAGCCGCUACUAAAGAGAUUAGUGUCCCCGAGGCACUGAGGAGAGCCGGCGCCGCUCCGACAAACACACAUACAUAUGCAUAAAGAAAUGCACACCGACACAACAGAGUCUUCAUAAGAACUCUUUUGCAAAAAGAAACCACUUCUUAUCCAAGCCUUGGAAUGACUGAUGAUUGAAUAUGUACACUGCUUUGCAUUUGACUGUAAAACAAUAUGGAAAAUGAAUGAAAAGCAUCAAAGAUGUAACAUGAGUAUUAGUAAAGCUCCUCUCCUUAUUCCACCGCCACCGAAACACCCGCCACCUGCCAACACGAGACUCGGCAGCGCAGCGCAGAGUCGACGAGUCUCUCCGCCGCCCGUUAGCGACGUGAGCGAGCUCCGCGGGGACGAGCCGGAGCAGCACUCACUUCCCUACAUACGUGGUUUUGUUGUUUUUUUUUAUUUCGAGGGAGGGGGGCGAGAGGCGCGCGUGGUCGAUUGGUGUUGGGUUCGAGUCGACGGAUAGAACAGCGCUCUACAUCUCAGGGAAUCUGGUGACUGAGGAAAGAAAGCUGCUGCCCCCUCCCAGAGUCUGACAGCCUUAUAACGGUGGGACGGAUGAAUCUUAAAGGGGCCGGAGAGAACCUCUCUGCUUGCCUGCAACUAGUUAUAACUGUUGUUUAUAUAUAGAUAUACAUAUGAUGGAUAUAUAAAUAUAUAUUCUUUUUUUAUUUUCAAUGCUCUUUUUGUUUAUUUUCCUUUCUGGCAAUAGUGUAAAAUAUUUGAGAAUAUGAACUUUGAUGGCUUUACAUCUUUAGGAAUCAUUCCAUUUAGCCUUUUUUUUGUUCCCAUUUUUUGUUUUUAUUUUUUUGCCACCUAUUGGGUCAUUUACACUGUUGUGCGUUUCGAGUGUCAUCCAGACGCAAAGCCCUGCAUAAAGCCAUAGCAUCUAAACACGCUGAUUUGGAGGAGUCGUGGUAGAUUUAAGGAAUAUAUGCAAUACAGAUAGAAAUACUUUACAAAUGCCUGCAAAAAGGACAGAGUUUGGAUGUCCGUGAUGCCAAAAAAAAAAACGGUUUAGAGAAAAGGCUAAAGGGACUUUGAUCUGGACGGAGAACCAACGGUCCUCUGCAAAGGUUUCGCUGAAGGCAUUUAUGAACAAAUGAUUGUUUACAUAUUCUUGUCUUUCUCGGACAGCCGGUCCGCGACCAGGACGCGAGGCUGAGUCCAGUCUCCCGACGUUCGUGUCGUACAAAAGAGCGAAACCCGAGGAAGCAGAGUCCGAAACGCCGCCACCGCCGUCUCGUGAUGUUGUUCUUCUUUUGUUUGUCCGAUAUUUUUUUUUUUUUUUCAAGAUUAAGAACCACAUAGAGGGCGAUAUUGACCCCGCUGUACACCUCUGCUAUCGUUCAUCUUCUUGAUUUACAAGCUGCACACGUUGGAUCAAAUGCAAUUGGAUGAGACGGAGAAAUAAAAAAUCAUUUUCACCUUCUGUAGCAAAGCCCAUAGCAGCCUCCUCCUGGUACCUUUGUGUGGUUAAGGUUUGAUUUAUUCUUUUUUUUUAUUUUCCGCAUAUUUGGUUAAACAAGCUGAUUAGUUUUUGUUUUUUUUAAGUCAGUUGAUCUGGUGAAGGGAUCUAUGAAGUUAUUUCUGGUGCUGUUUCACAAAUCCAGUGAAGUUUAAAGGUUCCCGUUGAUUUAAUCCUCUUUGAAAUCAAAUCAGACAAAAAUAAAUAAAUGCCUUUUCGACAUAAGCCAACCCCAAAGCGAGAGUCCUGGACUGAAUUGGAAGCGAUCACUUUGUGUUUCCCCUCCGUGUCCUGUCUUUGUUCGUUCUGUUGAAUAGAGGCCUUGCCAUUCAUUUCAGCAUCGCUCGGUGUUGCCUGAUAGAGAGCAAUCCAAAACAAAUGUAUUUUUUAUUUCCUUCUCAUCAUAACCAUUGAUUGUAUCCGAUUCUCCUGUUUAUUGAUGCAUAAUAUUAAAUCUCCAUGAGUUUAUCUCUG